AUGACUCCAGCUCGACGCCAAGUUGAAUCAGUUUCUCCGGUUUCUGUUGAUGGAGAGUCUACUUCUAGUGGUGGUUGCGGUGCUGGGGGAGGAUGUACUCGCACUGCAGUUAGUCCACAGUCGUUCGUCAGCGGAAGCAAUAAGUCUUUAUCAAACGAAAUUUGGUCAGCGGUUGGUUUGGAUUCGUCUGAAGUUGAAGUUUUGGCUAUAGGACCAGAUGGACCACCUGUUUCAGCAUUCCCUGUCAAUUAUAAUGUAUCACGUGAAGAAUCUGGGAGUGGGAGUGGAAAUCCUUCCCCCGUAUCCCAUUACACUGGUCAUAACCAACCUCUACAUUUUCGUCUUACGCAUCAUGAAAGUUCUGUGCUGGCUUUAGGGUUUGAACAUCAUGCAUACUGGUUCAUUACAACAGGUAAAGAUCAUCAAAUUUAUGCUUGGCGAACUCCAUAUGGUGCCUGUCUGCUGGAAACGAAAGAAGCUGCAUCAUUUCUAACAUGUGACAUAUCUUUGGAUAAUAAAUUUAUGGUUACCGGUUCCGGAGAUAAACAUGCGAAUUUGUAUGAGGAUAUCUUCACUUCUCAACGAUAA